GCAGGCUCCAUCUAUGAAAUGUUUGGAAAUGAAUGCUGCCUGUCAACAGGAGAAGUGAUUAAAGUUAUUGGAUUCAAAAUUAAUAAGCUCAUAGCAAGCAUCUGUGAGAAUGAUGAAGAUAGCCAGAUUUCAGCCAAAGUGGAAUUACCACUGAAUUUUCCUGGUCUUUAUAAGGUUGUAGCUGAUAAAACUCCAUACCUCAGUGUUGAAGAAAUUACACGAAAAUUCUCUAUUGGGCCAACUCGAUUUGGCCAUCCAUCUUUCUAUUGCCCUGAGGAUAUAAAAUUGGCAAACCUCACCAUCAAACAUGGUGAGCAGAUCACCUUUAGCUCCGUGGAAGAGAUCGAUGGAACAAUGGCAGUGAACUGUGGCGUGGUCAGAAAUAACCAGUCCCAUUCCUUUACUUUGCCCCUUUCACAAGAAGGAAAAUUCUACGAGUGUGAAGAUGACCAGAUAUACACUCUGAAAGAGAUUGCAGAAUGGAAAAUCCCUAAGAGCAGAAACCGGAUUGUGAAACUUUCCAAUACUUUACACGUGUGGGACUCCUCUAAUCCACUUCCUGAGAAUUUUGGUGGCUGCUUGAUUCUCACGCCUGUCUAUGAAGUAAAGGCAGUAAUGAAAUUUCGAAAGGAUAUAGUUCAUAUCCUCUCAGAUCUAGAUGUUGAAGUCAAGGAUAUAACAGACUGUUAUGAUAUUAGCUCUUUUCUUCAGCCACUGUCUUUGGAAGAUGUAUUUGAGAGAACAAGCAAGGAAUUUCCUAUGAUUGCUGAGAUAAUGGAAGGGCCACAAGGAAGCCAGGAGCCUUAUAUUUAGAUUAUCAUCUACAAAAAGUACCAGGCAAAAAGAGUCCUCGCUUCUGAGAUCAGAAGUGAUUCCCCAAAAAGACAUUUUUUAAUCCCUAUGAGCUACAAAGGAAAGUUCAAGAGAAGACCUCGGGAGUUUCCAACUGCCUAUGACUUAGAGAUAGCAAGAAGUGAAAAGGAGCAGCUCCACGUUGUAGCAACUAAAGCCUUUGAUUCUCCCCAUAAAGAGCUUUUUUCUGUUUCUGUUGGAGAUCAAUUUCUAGUUCAGCAAUGCCAGACUAGUGAAGUUCUGUAUGAGGGAAGAAAGAAAGCUGUAGACGUUUUAGCCUGUGAACAAAUACUAAGUAAUACCUAUAAGAAAGUGCUCAUCCCUAUGUAUAUGGAAGGUGGCUUUGUGGAAGUGAUCCAUGACAAGAAACAGUACCAGCUUUCGGAGAUUUGCAAAGAAUUUCGCCUGCCUUUUAACGUCAAGGUGUCUGUGAGAGAUCUUUCCAUCGGGGGUGAUGUCUUGGCUGCUGUGCCUGGUCUGCAGCUUGAAGAAGAAAUCACAGACUCAUAUUUGCUGGUCAGCAGCGUCAGCAGACCAGGGGACAGCUGGGAGAUCCCUGUGUAUCGCCUGAACAUGUCAGUCCAUUUGCUCGGCAAAGAUGUCCAAGCGGUUGUACCCCCUGCCACUAGGACAACCGUAGAGGAGAUCAGCGAAGAGCAGUACUAUAUGGUGCGAAGAUAUGAAAACCAAACCCUAUAUCCACCACCCAGGCCUCCCAAAAAGCCAGCAACACUUGCACCUAAGCCCCUUUUUGCAGUACCUGUGCGAGUGGUGUCUGGUGUACUGAAGGACCCAAAG